AUGAAGAGAUCCUCGCCGUCGACAGGUACAUCGUUUCCGAGUUAUCAAUGUCAAAUAUGUUUAUCUACAUACUCCACAAUCGGACAUCUACGACGUCAUGAAGCUGUGCGUAAGUUGAUCCCCACCACUGCUAUUUUCCGCGACGCGGGAUAUAUUAACAUUGCAACUCAAAUAGACGCUGGACAGCGACUUUACGGGUGCCACUUUUGUGAUCAACACUUUUUCAGAUCAGAUGCUGCUAGAAGACAUUCAAAAUCAUGCCCGAUCAGGGGUGGGAGGCCAAUGCCUCAGCCAAGGCCAAGAGGAAAGCAAAAACAAUCAUGUGACUCUUGUGCGCGAUCGAAACGAGCUUGUAAUCAAGGACGCCCAUGUGAAGGUUGUCAAUUGAAUAACAUACCCUGCACCUAUUAUCGUUCGACGGGAAGCAAGGAUGGCCCGCAACCUUUGCAAGCUAUACAAGAUCCAGGGUCUUCAAUACAACCAUUGCAUGAUACCGCACCAACACAUUUUAAUCCGGCCAGCAACAAUGCGACAGCUUCUGGUAUACCAUCUCAAGAUCCUAGGAUGCAGUUUGAUUUUCUUCUCCAUUACACAAAGCCGGGAAGAGAGUCGCUUUUAGAUUUUUUUGGCACCCCAAUGACUAGCAGUAUAUCGACUCCAACCGUUUCUACCGCGAUGUCUUCAUCCCUUAUGCCAAAUUCCUCACUACUUGCUUUUCCCGGUGAUUUGGAAGACCUCAUGCAGAGCAAUGCACUGCCAAUACUAGAUGAUUUUGUCUGGGAUGGUGAACUCAACACUCUUCCAAUCAACUCGACCCUACGAAGCUCGUCUCAAUUGGAAGGCCGGCUCCAGGAGCUUAUAUCAAAACUUUCUGUCACUCAUCAAAGAUUAUCCGAGCUUUGUGAUGGAGACUUGCCGCCAUUUUCCGAAGAAAUAAAAACCAUUUUGUUCACUGUUCCUAAUUUGAUAGAUUUUACUCGAUUAUUUUUUGAUCAUUGGUAUCCUAAUUGUCCAAUCAUACACCAACCUACUUAUAACCUCGAGACAGUCUCGCUUCCAUUGUUAUUUGCCGUCUUCCUUAUUGGCGCAGCGUAUUCUUCACCUCGAGAUACGGCUGGCUUAGCAAAGGAAUGCGGUGCUUUAUGUGAGGAAUUUGUUUUCGAGAAUGAAGAACUGAAAGAAAUGCUUUGUUCGGAACAGUAUAGUGAAAAAUCGACUAAUCUCCAAAUUAUCCAAGCAGCAUUUCUUGUAUCAGUGCUGCAAAAUUGGCAAAAUGGGCAACUCGCAAGGAAGAAAAUGCGUAACAGACGAUAUUGUGAUGUCGUCAAUGGUGCGAGGGCACUGGGAUAUAACUCAUCAAGAAACAUGUACGCUACCGGUGUUUUCCCCUUCAAUUGGCAUGGUUAUAUCGAAGCAGAAGCAAGAGUUAGGAUUAUGACUUUGAUAUAUCUUGUAGAUUGUCAUUAUACUCUUUUCAAUAGGUAUCCACCCCGAUUAACGAUUGCCGAGAUGGUCGGUGAUAUGCCAUCCUCAGAAGAAGCAUUUGCCGCUACAGAUGCACUCGUCUGCGAAGGGUAUUUGUUAGGGACAAACGAGCAACCUCGAGCCGCUCUGGCAACCUCGGUGGAGUGGCUAAUGGGAGAUGAAUGGAAUCCAGUUCAUCAUUAUGGACUUACAACUCUCAAUUUGUUCACGUUCCUUAAUGCAUUAAAUACAACAAUCUUCCAACUUAAAGCGACGUCUCUUUGGGUCUAUAACUCCGCUCGUAUCGUCCAAGCUCUCGAUAGAUGGAAGAUUCUUUGGGAUAACUAUUUAAAACAAGUCGGGCCAGAUUUCACGAGAUCUGGAUUCUUUAAGAACUCUCUGGAAUUCUGGCAGCUUACUAAGUUACUACUCAAAACAGAAGGAACCACGGGCCAAAUAGGCCUCAGUGGAAAGGCCAAGAUAGUUAGCGAUUCGAUGACAGAAAUCAAUGCCUUGAUGGACAAAUUUCAAGGGGUCACCAUCUCUUGA